UAGAUAAAAUAAUUCACUUUUGAACAUCACAAAUUUUCAGAAAAUUUAAUUUUUCUUGCAAACAUAGUAUUUUAUUCUUGAAUCUAAGUGAAGAAUACUUUCUUCUUCAUUAAUCAGUAAAAAAACUUUACGCCUGCGUAAAGUUUCAAAAUGAAGUGCCAUUUAAUUGUUGGAGUUUUUAUUGUUCUAAUUCUGUUUCUCGAUGUAACUUUCGCUGGAAAAAGACGAGGAUUUUUUAAUUUUGGCCGAAGUCAAUCAGUUCCUAGGACUUCUAGAAAUCAUCCGCUUAAUCGCCGACUAACAACUUCUGAAGUAAAGGCCUUCAGCUUUCAGAGAUCUCGCUUUAGAUCAGUAUCUCCAGAAGCACCAUCUCUUCCUGCGACAGUUCCAGCAUCAUCAAAAUCUUCUCGCUUUGAACGACUCCGAUUAUCACCAGUUUCUCGCCGACCAUCAUCAUCAGUAGCACAAUCAGGCAACUCUGCAAAGCCAAUCAAACCUGAAGGAUCAAAGACCAGGAUUCAAAAUCAACGCCCAAUUGACCAAACGAAAUCUGUUAACCAACCUACUGAUAGAACUUCUAGACCUAGCCAGAUUGUUCGGAGUCGCUCAGUGGAUAAUCCUCCACGACCAACGCUUCAACAGCUAGCGACUAGUGCAAGGAAUUCACGAUCUCCAACUCGAAGUGGCAAUCUACCACCUCCAGUUCGUAAUCCGUCACGGAAUCCGCCACCUCUAUCUUCGUUUCGGUACCCUUCACUGCCUCCAGUUCAUGAUCCGCCAGCGAAUCUACCACCAGCUUCAGCAACCAAUCCGCCAGCUCAAGUUGGCAAUCCUGUACCUGGACCUUCAGGGUCCCAACCACCAGCUCAAGUUGGCAAUCCUGUACCUGGACCUUCAGGGUCUCAACCACCAGCUCCAGCUGCUCUCGUCCAAGCAGGAGCUGCUCCAGCACCAGGAUCCCGAGCAGCCGCAAAAGCGGCAAAGGCGCAAGCGAAGCAAAACAGAAUCAACAAAAGCCAAGCUAACGCCCAAUCUGCGCUUCAGCAGACCAAUGCCAAUAUUGGAACUUGCAAGGAUAAAAAUGCUCCACCUAACGCGUGCUUCGACUUUUUCGUUUUGUCAAUCUCUUGGGGACCUGCGAUGAAAAUCAAGCGACUUGGCCCUGUCCCUCCGAUUAAUAAACCAGAGUGGGGCAUUCAUGGACUGUGGCCUUCAUUGAAAACCUACAAUAAGCUUCCAAAGAGCUGCAAUUUGAAAAUCCCGUAUGAUCCGAAAGAAAUCUUAACUAUACAGGACGCUCUGGAGGACAGAUGGUUCUCAGUUAACGGAAGCCCUAAGACCAACCAAGCCUUUUGGCAGCAUGAGUGGGAUAAACAUGGCACUUGUGCUGCAAGGUCGCCUCAGAUUAAAAGUGUUAAACAAUACUUUAAAAAGGGUUUGGAACUUUUUAAUCAAGCUAAUGUUCAAGCUAAGCUUACUGCCGCUAACUUCAGGGCUAAGAAAGAGAUGACUAAUAGAGAAAUGCAUGAUGAGAUCUCAAGGAUUUUAGGGCACAGGGUUACCCUCGAGCCUAUUGACCAUCCAAGAACAAACGAUCUUUGGCUGAGUGAAAUCAGGCUCUGCUACGACUUCAACUUCCAUCUUAUUAAUUGUCCACCAGAUACUAAGACGCUAAAUACUGCGAACGAGGACACGAAAAUGAUUUAUUCUUUAUAAGUUUUCUUGAACUAAGGAAAAUUUGAACAUAUACUCGGGAAAAAUGCUUCAUAUUCAUGUGUGAUCAGGCCUGAAAUUGGACAUGAUCAUGCUCUUUCAUGCAUGAUCAUGUCUGAAGCAGUCAUACGUUAAACCUGGACAUGUCUUUUCAUGUAUGAUCAGGCAUGAAAUUAGACAUGAUUUUGUUUGAUCGUGUUUGGUCAUGUACGAUCAUUUUUGGUCAUGCAUGAUCAUGUCUGGUCAUGUUUGAUCCUGUCUAAUCAUACAUGAUCAUGUCUGGUCAUGCAUAAUCAUAUCUGAAGUGGUAAUACGUCAGGCCUGAUCACGCCUGUUCAUGUUUGAUGUCAUAUAUGUACAUUUUAUAGAAAUAAUUUGUCAGUAUAAUAAAAGUUGUGCAUAAAUUAA